UUAUAACCUUAUUUUGUUCAAAAAUGAGUUCGUUUAUGGAUCCACAUAGUUUAAAUAAAGAACGUUUAUUCCUAGAAUUGAGAAAUAGUUUCCCCCAAAAUAUUAAAGAUACGAGAAAUAUUUUAGAAAUUCGGGACAACGUGUUGUAUGUAUGGAAUGCAAGAGAUUUUUGUGUAAUGACAUUAAAUCUUGGGGCAACACGUGGAAAAAGCGGUGAUGUUCCUUAUCAGUUCAAGGAUGAUGCGCCGUGUCAUCGAGGUGUGUCAUCUUUCGCCUCACAUUUGCUUCGAGGAACCAUCCAGCUUACCAAUUCUCGAAGCAGGAUUGAUUGACGCAAUAGGGCCUAUAAAAACCUGGCUGAAGGACUCGACAGGACACUUUUUGGUAAUCCAGUAUC